AUGCAUCUUGUCCCAAAAGAGCUUGAUAAGCUCGCAAUCUCACAGCUGGGCUUUCUUGCCCAGCGGCGUCUCGCUAGAGGCGUCAAGCUGAACCAUUCCGAGGCAACUGCCCUCAUCGCCAACAAUUUACAGGAGCUGAUUCGCGAUGGCAACCACAGCGUCGCCGACCUCAUGUCCCUCGGCGCUACCAUGCUGGGCCGCCGUCACGUCCUGCCCUCCGUGCUGGCUACCCUGCACGAGAUCCAGGUCGAGGGCACCUUCCCAUCAGGGACAUACCUGGUGACGGUCCACAACCCCAUUGCCAGCGAUGAUGGCGAUCUCGCGCGGGCGCUCUACGGCUCAUUUCUGCCCAUCCCUAGCACGGAUCUGUUCUCUCUGCCUCGUACCGAAGACUACGAGCCAGCGCGCCAGCCCGGGGCCGUCGUGACGCUGAAAACUCAUGUCGAGUGCAACAAAGGCCGCAAGAGGGUGCGGGUUAAGGUCACCAGCAGGGGUGACAGACCCAUCCAGGUUGGCAGCCAUUAUCACUUCAUCGAGACGAACCCGCAGCUCGAGUUUGACCGCAGCAAGGCCUACGGGUAUCGCCUUGACAUCGCCGCCGGCACGAGCGUCAGGUUCGAGCCCGGUGACACCAAGACCGUGACCCUGGUGGAAAUUGCGGGAAACCGUAUCAUCCAGGGCGGCAACGGCAUCGCUAAGGGCGUGGUGAGCGCCUCCCGCAAGGACGAGAUCGUGUCCAAACUGCAGCAGGCCGGGUUUGCCCAUACGCCCGAGCCCGACGCCGACUCGUCGCUCAGCAUAGAGGGUUUCAAGAUGAGCCGUGCCGCGUACUCUGCCAUGUUCGGACCGACGACAGGGGAUGUGGUGAGGCUGGGCUUGACGGACUUGUGGAUCAAGGUCGAAAAGGACCUCACAGUCUACGGCGACGAGUGCAAGUUUGGUGGGGGCAAGACACUCCGCGAGGGCAUGGGACAGGCUACGGGACGGCCGGACGCGAGGACGCUAGAUCUAGUUGUUACCAACGCGCUGAUUGUGGACUGGACGGGUAUUUACAAGGCUGACAUCGGUGUAAAAGACGGGCUGAUCGUAGGAAUCGGCAAGGCUGGCAACCCAGAUGUCAUGGAGGGCGUGACGCCAGGUAUGGUGGUGGGCAGCUGUACGGAUGUCAUUGCUGGGGAGGGCAAAAUUAUCACUGCUGGUGGUAUUGACUCGCACAUUCACUUUAUCUGCCCGCAGCAGGCGAACGAGGCUGUCGCGAGUGGCAUCACGACUAUGUUAGGCGGUGGAACGGGCCCGAGUGCUGGCACAUCCGCGACAACCUGCACUCCAGGCGCCAACUACAUGCGCCAGAUGCUCCAGGCAUGUGACACAAUUCCAGUCAAUAUCGGCAUCACCGCCAAGGGCAACGACAGCGACCCGAAAGCCCUGCGCGAGCAGGUCAUCGCAGGUGCUUGCGGGCUGAAGCUCCACGAGGACUGGGGUAGCACGCCCGCGGCCAUCGACGCUUGCCUGAGCGUGUGUGACGAGCUGGACGUGCAGUGUCUGAUUCACACGGACACGCUCAACGAGUCCGGCUUUGUGGAGAGCACGCUCGCCGCGAUCAAGGGGCGGACCAUCCAUACAUACCACACCGAGGGCGCGGGCGGCGGGCACGCGCCCGACAUCAUCAGCGUAGUGGAACACCCCAACGUGCUGCCAAGUAGCACGAACCCGACGAGGCCGUACACGCGCAACACGCUGGACGAGCACCUAGACAUGCUGAUGGUGUGCCACCACCUGUCCAAGAACAUCCCCGAGGACGUGGCCUUUGCCGAGUCGCGCAUCCGCGCCGAGACCAUCGCUGCUGAGGACGUGCUACACGAUCUGGGCGCCAUCAGCAUGAUGUCUUCCGACUCGCAGGCUAUGGGCCGCUGCGGUGAGGUCAUCUUGCGCACGUGGAACACAGCACACAAGAACAAGGUCCAGCGGGGCCACUUACCCGAGGACCAAGGGACGGGCGCGGAUAAUUUCCGCGUCAAGAGGUAUGUCAGUAAGUACACCAUCAACCCGGCGCUCGCGCAGGGGAUGGGCCAUCUCGUGGGCAGUAUCGAGGUGGGCAAGUUGGCGGACUUGUUGGUCUGGGACCCAGCCUGGUUUGGCACAAAGCCCAACCUGGUAGUUAAGAGUGGGUUGGUCUCUUGGGCGAUGAUGGGCGAUCCCAACGCAUCCAUCCCGACGGUCCAGCCUGUCGUCGCGCGACCUAUGUACGCGCCGCUGGUCCCUGCGACGUCGGUGCUGUUCGUGUCUCAGGCGUCCAUCGAGCACGGGGUCGUACAGACGUACAAUCUGCGCAAGCGCGUCGAGCCCGUCCGGGGGUGCAGGUCUGUCGGCAAGAAGGACAUGCGGUACAAUGACGCCAUGCCGCGCAUGCGCGUCGACCCAGAGAGUUACACCGUCGAGGCCGACGGGCAGGUUUGCGAGGCCGAGCCCAGCGAGACGCUACCGCUCGCUCAGGCUUAUUUCGCGUACUGA